AUGGGUGACUUCAAUGUCAUCCUAAACAUUAGAGAAACUCAUGGGGGUUCAAUGAGAUGGAGCAAUGUCAUGUCUGAUUUUAAUGAUUGCCUACAAGAAACUGAAUUAGAAGACCUUAAAUUCAAUGGAAUUUUCUUUUCUUGGAGCAACAAAAGCAUGGGGAAUGCUUGCAUUGCUAAGAAACUUGACAGAGCUUUGGUUAACCCUAGAUGGACUAAAGAAUUUCCCAUAUCUGAAUGCACAUUCCUUCCACCAAAUAUAUCUGACCACAGCCCAAUUAUAGUCACAUUGGAUCUUAGCACCCCAAGGAGACAUGUUCCUUUCAGAUUUUUCAAUGCGUGGUCCACUCACCCAAAGUUCCAAUCUUCAGUCCAUAGUGUAUGGUCUACUUACAUCAAGGGUACAACUAUGUUUCAGGUGGUACAAAAACUGAAGAUGUUAAAGCAGGUGCUGAGAUCAAACUGCAAGAAAGAUUUUUCAGAGGUUGACUCAGAGUUGCAAGCUGUGAAGUUGGAACUGGAUUCCUGCCAAAUGGAUUUGGACAACACUUCCAGUGAUCACAGCCUCAGAUUGAUGGAGAAGACUCUCACCACUGAAUUUCUGAGACUGGCCAAUAUUCAAGAGGACAUCAUGAAGUAA